AUGCUGUCAGUGCGAAGAGUAACAGAGGUAUCAACUUCAUCAACAUGUAACUGUCUUCUUUCGGUUGACUCUACAAAAUAUGAAGCUCAACUGGAGGUUAUUGCCGGAUGUUACGAACAUCUGGGACCUUCUCAUGAAUCCAUUCACGCAAAAUACCGUGGUUUUGUCACUGGUUACGUGUGCGAAGGUGGUGAUGAACUUGGAUUCUCGUUGCGUGAGAGGAGCUUGGCACUAGACACGGUUGCGCCCGUGGAAUUGCCCGGCAUUUUUGAUCUCACAGCUUAUUAUGACGGAGCUCGCGUGAUGGCGAGUUGCACGGACGGCAGUGUGCGUAUCCUGGGGCUUCAAGAACGAUCUUUUAGCGACAUCGUUUUCCCCGUGCACAGCACGAUGGUGACGAGUUGUAGUCCUUUCUACUCUGCCUCUGAGCUUGGAAUGAACGAGGCCAAGUGGCUCUGCACUGCGCAUCAGGGUGCUGUUGUGGUCUAUGAUCCAGUCACAAAGACUGUUAUUAGUGCUUUAGAAAAACAUGAUUACGAUGCGUGGUGCUCCGCUACCAUUGGUCCUGAGACGGCACUCUCGGGUGGCGAUGAUGGCUUUCUAAAGUGGCGGGAUUUGCGAUGUGGUGUUAAUGCUGUGGGUCGAAUUCAGUUUGGGGCUGGAGUCGUGUCUGUUGCACCUGUUGCUGAGGGUGGAGUUGCAUCCAACUAUGUCUUGGUUGGAUCCUACGACGAAAAUUUGUACUUGGUAGAUGCACGAUUACAAAAACGACCGGUCACUUCCAUCGGGUUGGGUGGCGGGGUUUGGCGCUGCUCGCGUCAGCUGUCUAGCGAAGGCCUGCCGCCAGAGUCAGCGUCCGCGAUGCACUACUACCGCUGGGUACAACCGCGCAAUACCCUCGUUCUUCCAGUCAUGCAACGUGGAGUGGCAUUUGCAAGGUACAACGUCACUGCCCCUGAAGAAAACGUCUUCUCUCUUCUAGGACAUCUGCAUGAUGAAGCAAGCACCUCGGAGGUUGCUGGGUUGCUUCCCAACGCUCUCUUCUACGACUGUACCUUUCUUUCUCAAAGACCCCGCCCCAGCGGGGCGGUGCCAGACGCCACCGCGUCGGUAGUUACUUGUGACUUUUACAAUAAGAGGAUUGCGUUGUGGGAGGUGUCCGGGAUCUACUGCGAUGCCUAA